AUGCCAGCUGAUGAUGAUAGUUGUGAUGAUGAAAGUAUCAUCGCGGUGGUUUCUAAGGUGCAGGGAUUCAUUGAGGACUACGGAAUCCCAAGGAAUCUCGAGGAUGCCAAUGCCUUCAUUCCGCAAACGGACGCCGAGUCCAUUGCCCUCCUCGACAUGCGAGUCUUCAAUAUGGACAGGCAUCCUGGAAAUUUGCUCCUGCUCAAGAAGGCGAAGCCUCAUGGACUUGGCCCCAUCGAUCAUGGCUGCUGUUUGCCGCCCUGGUGGUGCCUUGGCGAAGCUAUCUUUGAGGCGUGGAUUGCUUGGCCGCAGCUGCAGACAACCCCCUCUGCGGAUGCUUGCAGUUUGGCCCGCACGGCCUACAUGAAGCUUCCGCAAACAUGCAAGAAGCUUGCGGAAGCCGAGCUUGAUGCAAGUGCCGUGGUCACCUUGAGGCUCUGCACAACAUUGGUCUACAUCGGCGUAGCCGAAAUGGGCAUCCCGAUUGGAAAGUUAGCUGCCACGGCCUCAAAUCCAUCAGAAUGUUGGCUGCAGGUUGCCCAGGGUACACAAAGCCCUUAA